GCAGAGUCUACAAUCAAGUCUUUCUAAAUUAUUAAGGCACAUUUUCCUUCUACUUUCCUAACUAUUUUCCUGAUUUCACAACCUAACCGCGUCAUAGACACGCAUAUGAAAUUAUAACAACUCUGCUUUACUUACUCAGACAUGUAACAAUCAUCAUCACUCUUCACAAACACCAAAAAUAACACUUUCUCCUUACACAUGGCGGAUAGCGUGGUUGCGUUUCUUUUGGAACACUUAUCCCAAUUACUACAACGCGAAACUAAUUUACUCUGUGGAGUGGAAGACCAAAUCACAUCUCUUCGCAACGAACUCCAAAUCAUAAACAUCUACCUCAAAACAUCCUCCGGAAACAAUAACAACAACAAAGAGAUGGAACAACUAAUUCUGAGUCAGAUCAGAGACAUAGCACACGUAGCUGAGGAUGUCAUCGACACAUUCAUCGCCAACGUCGCCGUCUACAAGAGAAAAAACUUGCUUAAAAGAAUGCUUCACAGCGUUGGCCACGCUAAAUUGCUCCACGAUGUAGCAGAGAAAAUUGACAAGAUCAAAAACACUCUCAAAGAGAUAAAUGAAAACAAGAUCAAAUACUAUCAAGAUAGUAGUGAUCAAACAAGAGAAGAUGGGAUGAAGAUGCAAUCACUUCACAUAUUAAGAAGCAACGUUGAAGUGAAAGAUGUAGUUGGCUUUGUCCAUGAAUCUGAGGUUGUUAUCAAUAGACUCAUCGGAGAAGGUUCGUUGCAUCUCAACGUUGUUUCAAUUAUUGGUAUGGGUGGAUUGGGUAAGACGACACUUGCACGAAAGAUCUAUAACAGCGACAAGGUGAAGAAACACUUCAAUUGUCUCGCAUGGGUUUAUGUUUCAAAUGAGUGUAGAACUAAGGAGAUUUUGCUUGGUCUUCUUAAACAUUUGAUGCCAAACCAUGAAUAUGAAGGUAGAAGGAACAACAACACUAAGAAGGGUAAGAAGAAACACAAGGAGUUAGCUCAAGAUUUGAGUAGCUUGAGUGAGGGUGAGAUGAAGGAAACUAUAAGAAAAUGUUUGGAGUUGAAAAAGUAUUUGUUGGUUCUCGAUGACUUGUGGAAUAGGCAAGAUUGGGAUGCGGUAAAAGACGCUUUUCCUGAUGGCAACAAAGGAAGCAGAGUAUUGAUAACCAGUCGUUUGAAAGAAAUAGCUUCUCAUACUAGUCGAGAUCCUCCUUACUACCUUCAAUUUCUUAGUGAACAAAAAAGUUGGGAGCUUUUCUCUAAAAAAGUGUGUAGAGGAGAAGAUUACCCUUGUGGUCUUGAAUCUCUUGGUAAACAAAUGGUUAAAAGUUGUGGCGGGUUGCCACUCUCAAUUGUGGUGCUGGCAGGACUUUUGGCAAACAAGAUAAAGUCACAUAGAGAAUGGUCCAAAGUUGUGGGUCAUGUCAACUGGUAUCUUACUCAAAACGAGACUCAAGUAAAGGAUGUCAUACUUAAACUCAGUUUUGACAACUUGCCUUCAAGGUUGAAACCAUGUUUUUUGUAUCUAGGUAUAUUUCCUGAAGAUCAUGAAAUAUGUGUGAGGCAAUUGUUGCAACUAUGGGUUGCUGAAGGAUUUAUACAAGAAACAGGGUCAGGGAGUAGAGAUUUAGAAGAUGUUGCUGAAGACUACUUGUACGAGCUCAUCGAUCGUAGUUUAAUCCAAGUAGCAGGAGUAAGUGAUAGUGGAGGCGUGGAAACAUGUCGCAUCCAUGAUCUUCUUAGAGAUCUUUGUAUACUAGAGAGUAAAGAGGACAAGAUCUUUCAAGUUUGCAAUGAUAACAACAUUCUAAUCCCCACAAAACCUCGUAGAUUGUCCAUCCAUUCUACUAUGUCUCAUUAUGUUACUUCGAGCACCAUUGACCAUUCGUGUGUUCGUUCUUUGUUUUUCUCUGACCCGAACUGCUACAUUUCUUACAAAGAGUGGAUAUGGCUUACCAAAGCCUUCAAAUUGGUCCGUGUGUUAAAUCUUGAGGGAAAUUGUUGUCUUAAGAUUCCUUCCAACCUGGGAAACUUCAUCCACUUGAGGUACUUACGAAUAAACUCACAAUAUACUAGAUUUGUUCCUGAUUCAAUAUCCAACCUUCAAAAUCUAGAAAUAUUAGAUUUCGGACCUUCAAUUAUGGUAAUUUCAAUUUCUUUCCCAAAUGGAAUAUCAAAGCUAAAACAUCUAAGACAUGUAUAUACUUAUGGGCCUAUCAUGCUACGUGGUCAUAAUUCAAAAUCAGAUGGUGAAGUUAUGUGGAAUCUUCAAACCAUCUCUCGCAUUGUACUCAAUAAACAAACAACACAUCACAUAAAGAAAGGAAGUUUCCCGAAACUAAAAAAAUUAGGGCUGCUUAUCUCCUCAAACUUCAAGGGUGAUGUGCCCAAAAUGUUGCUAAGUCUAAAACAAUUGAGCCAUUUAAAUAAGUUACAAAUCAUAUUCAAAGUGAAAAAUUGGCAACAUAAACAAUGGGAUAUCACUUGUAAUCCUGAGGAAGUGUUACAAAUUCUGAAGCACUUAAGGCAAUUGAGUAUACUAGAAAUUAUCAAUUCCUUCAACCUUACAACACGUGUAAUAAUGUUUCCUCCCAACAUUACCAAGUUAAAAUUGACAUGUAUUAGUUGCUUGAAUAGUGAUGCGGUGAAUGCUAUUGGAAAUCUAACCAAACUCCAAAUUUUGAUCUUAUUUGGAGCCAAAUGGUUUUCAAAACCUUGGACUUCAGAUAAACUUUUUGAUCUUAAUUGUGUUGAAGAUAGAUUUCCAUCGUUGCAAGUUUUUGAAAUGAGAUCUUUGCCUAUUCAAAAUUGGAAAUUAGCCAAUGGUUCGAUGACACAACUUCAAACCCUCAAUAUUUGGAAAUGUGAUAUGUUGGAUAGCCUACCAAGUGAACUAUGGUCUUUGACUACCUUAAGAAAAAUAUUUGUACAAGAGCCUUCAAAUGCAAUGACUGCAUUUCUACAAAAUUUGGAAGUUAAGAAUGGACCUGAUCUAAUUGUAGAAUAAUUAGAGCUAGUUCUUGCUUGAUUCAAAUUUAAAAGUUGUUAGCACAAUCUUAUUUAUUCCCUAUAUAUAUAUAUAUAUUUGUAUUUCUUUUCUUUUUAUAUCACUUGUAUACCUUAGUCAACGGUGAGAUUUAGUGUAAAUAUAAGUGCAACUAAACUUUUUUAACAAUUUUUUAA